AUGGACGACGAUCAGAUAGUAGAAGAGGUAAACGACGAGAAAGAUGUAGCGCGUUUUAUAGUGGAUGAAGUGAGCAGCAUCGUGAAAGAGUCUCUAGAAGCGGUGAUUGGCAGAAACACGUAUGAACACAAGCGUGUGAGCCAAUGGACGUCCAGCGUGGCGGAGCAGUGUCUCGGGCAGCUCAGCAAACUGGGCAAACCCUUCAAAUACAUCGUCACGUGCAUCAUCAUGCAGAAGAACGGCGCUGGCCUUCAGUCGGCCUCCUCCUGCUUCUGGGACAACACCACAGAUGGAAGCUGCACAGUCAGAUGGGAGAAUAAAUACCUCUACUGCAUCGUCAGUGUUUUCGGACUCGCCAUCUAGAGGAUUUACAACACACACACACACUCACAAGUAUACACCCAGUCACACGCACAAAAUCAAAAAUACAUGCACACAAACAGUCACAAUCAUACACACACACACACCCACGAUCACAAAUACACACCCACAGUCACACACUCAAUCACACACACACACACACACACACACACACCCAGUCACACACACACACACCCACAGUCACACACACAAUCACACACACACACACACAAUCACAAACACAUCCAGUCACACACACACACCCACAGUCACACACACCCACAGUCACACACACA